AUGGCGUAUUUACACGUGUUUUUAACUCUUUUAGGAUUCACACAAGCUGCUCUUUACAAUUUAUCGUCAUCAAGUGUUCACAUCCUAACAACCCAGAACUUCGAUAAGCAAGUUACUAGGAGGAGAGAUAAAUGAGUGAGUGUUGUUCAUUACUAUAAAGAAAAUGAUGGGAGAUCGGAACUUCAUGCUGUAGAAAUGAACCAUUUUGCUGAAGACUGGCAAGGUGUUUUUAUUAUUGGCUCUGUUGACUGUGAUAAAUAUUCUGAAUUAUGUGAAGCUCACGAUAUAAGAGAGUUUCCAUCAAUUAAAGUUUACCCACCAUACCCAGCUCCAGUUAGCCUAUAUGAGGGUGAAGUCACUUCUAAAUCUCUUACUCCCCCCCCCUCCGUGAGUGAACAAAAAAAUUUUGUUCACUCACGGAGGGGGGUUAAUUUUUUUUUUUUAAAAAAAAUUUAUAUAUAAAUUUUAUAAAAAAUAUUUUUUUUUGAAAUUUAAAAAAAAUCCUAAUUCGCAAAAAUUGGAAAGCAAAUAUUAAUUCAAUUUGCAAAAUUUAUGUUUUAAAAAGCAAUUUGUUUAAAAUUAAACAGAAUUAGCUCUAUAUUUCAUUAUACUAAUUAUCAUUUUAUAUAUUAAAACUUUUUUUCCAUAAAAAAUUUUUCUAUUAAAACAAUUUUUGUUCACUCACGGAGGGUGGGUUUUUGGGCAAAAAAUAGCGAUUUUUCUAAAUGGUUUUGUUCGCUCACAGAGGGGGGGGGGAGUUAGCGCAUAUGCAGCUAAAUAUGUCCCUUCGAACGUUAUUGAAAUUUCUAAUGAAAAUUUGCAGACUUUUCUAGACGACAAGCCAGCAGUUCCAAAAGUGAUUUUAUUCACAGAAAAAGCUGGAAAUCCUACUCUCUUCAAAGCCCUCAGUGUAUCAUUUGAAUCUAAAAUGUUCUUUGGGAUUGCUAGAAAAGAUGACGAUGCUGCAGUAAAGAAAUUCAAAAUCAAGGAUUUUCCAAAAAUCAUAUAAGAUUUUAUAUCAGACUUAACUAAAAUUUCAAUGAAAAUGCUAUAUUUCUCAUUAUGAGCUAUAUUAAUAAAUUUAGAUAAAAAUGAAUAAUUUAUAAAACAGUAGACCAAAAGCAUAAAGAAUAUUCUGGAGAAAUCAAAUAUCGCUCAAUUUUCGAAUGGCUUAAUGUGUAUUCCGAAACUUUUGUUCAUGGGGGAAACGAAGAAAGCUCCAGCACAAAAUCUUGGAUCAUUGAAGCAUUGCCUCAAAUGCAUAAACUUUCAGUUGAUGAUAUUUGCUAUAAACAAGAAUCAAUGUGUGGGAUUUUCUUUUUAGAGUCACAGCCAGAUGAGCAUAUUAUUACAAUGUCAAGGGUGCUUGCCAGCAAAUUUAGCAAUAAAGAUAGAGGAAUUAGUGUCAAGUUUAUGUGGCUUGAUUUAAAUACUGAUAAAGCCUAUGCAGACAAGUUUGAAGGAGUAGAAAAAGAUAAGCUUGUGUUUUUGAAAUAUGGCAAGAGAAGCAGAUUCGUCCUGCAUCAAGGAGAGUUAAGUGAAGGGGGUAUUGAAAAGACUUUGACCAGAAUUGUGGGUGGAGAUGGGAAGUUCACAAAUAUCAAAGGAAGCUUACCUGAGUUAGCUCCACCCAAAACUAAGUAUAGAGCUUAUAAAUAUAUUUGCAUAAUUAUUUUAUGAUAAUUAUAUAUUUAUUUUUCCUUAUUAAAAGGAACGAGAAUAA